AUGCGGCUUGAGGACGUGAGUAAUUUCGGCUCGGCUGUUGACAUAGCCGCUCCGGGUUAUCUGAUAUUAGACACAGAUCUUGGUGGGUUGUAUUCUGCCGGUACGGGCACUUCGGGUGCAGCCGCCAUCGUGGCAGGUAUAGCUGGGAUGCUCUACAGCCUUGAACCUUCUGCGAAGACUAAGCUGACUCCUGCUUAUAUCAAGAGUAUCAUUAUGGAUACGGCCACCAAAGGUGUCACGGACAGUGAAGGAAAAAAGACUCUCUCCUUCGGCCGCGUGAAUGCUGCGGCGGCUGUUGAGAAGAUACUUGGAAAAGGGACGGUAUAA